AUGUUAACGACAAUAAUUGACAAUACUAAGUUUGAGAGUGGCAAUCAAUUACCAAUAUUUGUGAACAGUCUUACAGGUUCAUUAGUUAUUCAUACUGCAGAUAAUUACUCAGGUGUACGAAAAUGGUAUUUUUUCCAUGAUUCUGGAUAUGUGUUAUUUUUACGUUUAAUUAAUUUGACAAAUCUUAAUCCAUACGUGUAUACAUUUAAUAUUUAUAAAGGAAACACAAUCAACGAUGAAUUAGUGUAUAGUUCUUUGUUAAAAUCAACAAAUUAUUUAGAAUUAAAUGUAAAAAGUUCAAAUGCACUGGCAGAAUUAAUAACUGCUGAAAAUAGUACACAAAAUGUUUCAUUUACUAUUGAAUAUUUAUUUCAAAAAUUAAAUUCACGUAGUGGUGUAACAAAUUCUUUUUCUAAACAAAUGAAAGCCGUUGGAAAUGAAUCUACUACUACCACUUCAUUUUAUCAGCAACCAUCAUUUAUUGCCCUUAUAAAAAGUAUGCAAAAAAAAGCGAAACAUUCUCUGAAAACUACACAUCCUCGUCAUCCCUAUUCACUAAAAGAAAGAGUAAGACAUUUUAUUCAAGGUAAACCAUCGAAACAAACCGAUCAGUCACAUUUAACUUCUCUAACAUCAUCAUUUUCUUCAUAUUCUGUCGAUCAAAAAAGAAAUCAUAUUCAACCAACAACCAUACCAAUUCAAAAUAAUAAUAAAACUUUACUAGAUCAAUCUCCAACAUCGUCAAAUAUGAUCAAUAAUGCUAUAUUACCAUCUCAACGUUAUCAACAAUCCAUAAUGAAUGCAUACUUAACAGAUUUACAAAGUUUUCAUCCAAAUAUUAAUCCAAGAGAAAUGAAUAAUUAUUUAUUUGUCGAUUUACAUUCAACAUCAAGUGAAACAUUUCCAGAUGGUAGUGCUGAUUAUGAAGCAUCUACAACAACAAAUAUUGAUGAUGCCAUAGAAACUGUUGCUCAUAUAAAUAAUCAAAAUCCCAAAUAUUCAAGACGAAAUAUAUGGGGUAAAAAUGAUCGAAAACAACGUCAUUUAAAUGCAGUUGAUCAACCGAGAUUUUUAAUGCGAGAACGGCAAUUACCUGUAAAUAUGUUAUCAUUACCACAAUUACGAAGUUUAAAUAUUUUUCAAAAUGAUAAUACUACAACAUCGAUAAAUACUCUAAAUCAAAAUAGUAGUUCGACAUCAACAGAAUUCUCAGUGACAGAUGAUGAUUUUGAUAACAGUCAUUUCUAUCAUGUCAAUCAAAAUCCAAUGAAAAUUAUCAAGGAAGAAGUGGAAGUAGAAGAUGAUGAAGAAGAAGAAGAAGAUGAUAUUCCACAACAUCAUUCUACAUUUCGUUCACUUGAAUAUCAACUUACAUCACCAACAAUGCAAAGUAUAUCAACUAAUCAAAGACAAAAUAGAAUUAAACAUUUUAAUAAACGAUCAUCUAUUCCCGUGCAGACCGGUCCAUCUAUGAUUCUAAAUGCAAAUCAUUUACUUGAUCGAUCAACAUCUACAAGAAAAUAUAAUGAUCAACAAAAUAUUUUCAUGCAAAAUAAUAAUUCAUUUGAACAACAACAAUAUUUUGAAAAAGUUUCAACAAAUCAUGGAGAUGAUAGUAGUGAUACAUCGCUUAUGAACAACGAAUCUAAAGUUAAUCAGAUUGGUGAUGGUAUAGCUUAUAUUAAUGAUUCUAUUUUAGUUUAG